UAUUAUCACCCUGGCAUACUUGUCCUCUCCUCUCCCUUCCCUUCCCUUCCUCACGUUUCUCUCCUCUGCAAAUUCAAAGCUCGUUGAGCUCAAACCGUACAACUUAAUACGUUCGAACCCAGAGCGAUAUCUCCUUUAGCAAAACCACACUCACGGGAUCCAUAUCAAGCUUCCGUAACCAUGGGGUUUGAUCCCGAGAGGCAAUCGAUCUCCUUCGCUGGACAGAUUGGUGAUUCUUCUUCAGGUGGGAUUAGUGCUGAAAAGGAACCUCUGAUAAAGGAGAACCACAGCCCAGAAAACUACUCUGUUCUUGCAGCCAUUCCUCCGUUUCUCUUUCCAGCUCUUGGAGCUUUGCUUUUUGGUUAUGAAAUUGGUGCUACAUCUUGUGCAACCAUUUCUAUUAAGUCGCCUACCCUAAGUGGAAUUUCAUGGUACGACUUGUCUUCAGUGGAUGUUGGUAUAAUGACUAGUGGCUCGCUGUAUGGUGCCUUAAUUGGCUCCAUGGUCGCAUUUAGUGUUGCCGACACUAUAGGAAGAAGAAAGGAGCUGAUUUUGGCUGCAUUCGUGUAUCUUGUUGGAGCCAUUGUGACUUCAGUAGCACCUGUCUUUUCCGUACUGAUAAUUGGUCGAGUUUUGUAUGGCAUCGGGAUUGGACUGACAAUGCACGCGGCUCCAAUGUACAUUGCAGAGACUGCUCCAAGUCAGAUACGUGGACGGAUGAUAUCGCUAAAGGAAUUCUCCACUGUCCUUGGGAUGGUUGGAGGUUACGGAAUCGGUAGCCUUUGGGUUACGGUUAUUUCUGGUUGGCGUUACAUGUACGCAACAAUUCUCCCUGUGCCAGUUAUUAUGGGAAUUGGAAUGUGUUGGCUACCAGCUUCUCCUAGGUGGCUUUUAUUGCGCGCUCUCCAGGGAAAAGGUAAUGGGGAGAAUCUUCAACAGGCUGCAAUUAAGUCUCUUCGGCGUCUAAGAGGCCCUGCCAUAGCUGACUCAGCAGCUGAACAAGUAAACGAGAUAUUGGCUGAACUUUCCUCUGUGGGUGAGGACAAAGAAGCUACAUUUGCUGAUUUAUUUCGAGGCAAAUGCUUGAAAGCUCUCACUAUAGCAGGAGGGUUAGUCUUGUUCCAACAGAUAACUGGACAACCAAGUGUACUUUAUUAUGCACCAUCAAUACUGCAGACUGCCGGCUUUUCUGCUGCAGCUGAUGCAACUCGGAUCUCAAUUCUGCUUGGUGUAUUGAAGGUAUUCAUUUUUGUCCAUCAGUUGGUUAUGACAGGAGUUUCUGUUAUAGUGAUUGACAGGCUUGGAAGGAGACCUUUACUUCUUGGUGGUGUUAGUGGCAUGGUGGUCUCAUUGUUCCUCCUGGGGUCCUAUUACAUCUUUUAUAAUACUGCACCAGCUGUUGCUGUAGCUGCGUUGCUACUCUAUGUGGGCUGUUACCAGCUAUCCUUUGGUCCUAUUGGUUGGCUGAUGAUUUCGGAGAUAUUUCCCUUAAAACUAAGAGGUCGAGGAAUCAGUCUUGCAGUGCUUAUUAAUUUCGGUGCAAACGCACUUGUGACAUUCGCGUUCUCACCUCUUAAGGAUCUGUUAGGAGCUGGAGUGUUGUUCUGUGGAUUUGGAGUGAUAUGCCUACUGUCUCUCUUCUUCAUCUACUUCAUUGUGCCUGAGACAAAGGGUCUCACUCUUGAAGAAAUCGAAGCCAAAUGUCUCUAAAAGGUUUCUCAUCUAAGCUCCAUUUUCUCUGCUGCUUCAUUGCUUGAGGCUAUGGAUCACAAAUGCAGCAACCGCAGGUCGGAAAGUGGCGGGCGGAAUUUUCACUGUAUGGAUAAAAAGAAUUGGUGCAGCUCGCGGCAAAACUUUAAUAGAUGCUUUGGACAAAAUGUUUGCUUAAUUUUGUAUUUUAAAAUGUAAGAAGAUACACACACAUUUAAAAUUUUGUUCUAUA